AGGCCGUCCCGGGCCAGCCGCAGGCUCUCCUCGGCCAGGCGGCGGCCGACUCGGAGCCUGGCGAGCAGUCGUCCAGGACGACGCAGCAGCUCAACAGGAGGAAGCGGCAGAAGCUGAAGAAGAGGAUGGGGCUGGCGGACCCCGAGGCGAAGCCCCAGCGCGCCUCCCUGGAGGACCUCCGGAUGCUCCAGUCGGCGUUCGACGCGGAGGGCAGCCUCGGGGGGGGCGCCCAGGCUGGCUUCGCCGGCGUCGGGCGCCUGGCCGCGGACCCCGCGGCGAGCUCGAGGCUGGAGCAAGCCUCUGUGUCCGCGGACGACACCGGCGACUGGGACAGCGACGUCGAGCAGGACUGGAUCGCUCAGCUGGACCGCUUGGAGUCGCAGUCGGAGCAGAGCGACCUCGCCAGGGACACCGGCUUCAAUGUCGUUUCCGAGGACGUCGACGAGUGGGAGGAGGACUGGGCGCAGCAGCUGGACGCGGCCAAGGCCGAGCGCGCCGCGGCCAACCCGCGGGGCGAAGCACGACCCAGCCGGCGCCGCGCACCCGGCGCCGCGUCCGACAGGCUGCGGCCAGCGGCAAAGGCGAAGCCUGACGCCGCCCCAGCGCAGCUGACAUCCGAGAAGAAGGGCAAGAUGCUGGGCUUCCUCGCUGCCAUGAAGGAGCCCGUGAAGCAAUGAGGCUGCCCACCUCCAGCCUCCUCCAUCUUCCAUCAGUCCCUCUUCCGGCUUCGUCCUCCCUCGGUCCUCCGAUUGUUCCUUCGCACUAGCACAGCGCAUGAACUCUUUUAACCUGCCAGGAGCUAGUAUAGGUCGAUGUGAGCAUUCGCGGGGAAGUGUAGUCACUCGAAGAAAAGCUUGGCCACAUCAUCAUGCUCCUCAUCCUGCCCAUUCAUCUUCUUCCCCUGUGCGCCCCACCCUGCCCUCCUCACAAUUUGUACCCCUCCCCC